UAUAAUAAUUGGUUGAAAUUUCAGAUUCGAUUUAUCCUGAUUCAGAAUAGAGCUGGUAAGACGAGGCUUGCCAAAUGGUACAUGAACUUCGAUGAUGACGAAAAACAAAAACUGAUUGAAGAAGUACAUGCAGUGGUCACAGUUCGGGAUGCCAAGCAUACUAAUUUUGUUGAGUUUCGCAACUUCAAAAUAGUAUACAGAAGGUAUGCUGGUCUCUACUUUUGUAUUUGCGUGGACGUCAACGAUAAUAACCUGUGCUACCUGGAGGCCAUCCAUAAUUUUGUUGAAGUACUAAACGAAUACUUCCACAAUGUAUGCGAACUGGAUCUAGUCUUCAAUUUCUACAAGGUCUACACCGUGGUGGAUGAAAUGUUUCUUGCCGGGGAGAUCAGGGAAACAAGUCAAACGAAAGUAUUGAAACAGCUUUUACUGUUGAAUUCGUUGGAUUAGUCAUUCAAUAUCACAGCAUAUUGUGUUCAAGACCUCUCAUGACUGUAUGUAUCAUCAGUUAAAUUGAUAUAUCCAAAAACAUGUUUACUGGAUAUAUUCUGUAUCAUCAGUUGAAUAGAUAUAUUCAAAAACAUGUUUCACUGGAAAUAUUCUGUAUGAUCAGUUGAAUUGAUAUAUUCAAAAACAUGUUUCACUGGAUAUAUUCUGUAUCAUUCAUUGUAUAUUUAUCAUAACUUUCUAAUCGCAAACUUAUUGCAGUAAACUGUAGCUUGUAUCCCCUGAUCAUUUACCAAUAAGCUCCAAGUUGCUCCAAAACGUACCUUAGCUCAUUACAUGCAUUUCCCAAUAAUCAUGUUCUUGUUUAGAACUACCUACUUGUAUUUACAUCAAAAUUAAAAACCAAAGAACCCUCUUCAACAUUUAUUUCUUAUUUUUCACAACAUGUUUCAACGUUGAUGUCAUUC